GGAGAGUUGACAUACCGCAGUACUCAGCACGUGCCUUUGCAGUUAAGGCUGAGCAGAUGAGAACCGUACCUCUAGGUUUCGUGGCAGCAAUGAGGUGUUGUGAGACUCAGCUGUCGUCUAACUUGAUUCAUUGCUCAUUAACGUUGGUUGAUUUCCCCCCAGCUUCGGCAAGAUGAGGGCGGCAGACGAGGACGACGGCUCGAAAGAUGCCACCGAGCAAACACCGCUGCUGACAAACCGAGACCCGGUCCCGGAGAGCGAGCCCGGCGAGCAGCAGGUAGACGGCGCCAACGACGAUGAUGAGGUUGCGGACAAGCCGUUUCCCGUGUGGCAGGUGGUCGUGCUCUGCUAUGCCCGUUGGGUCGAGCCGGUUGCAUACUUCUCCAUCUUCCCCUACAUCAACGAGAUGGCCCAGGAGAAUGGCAACCUGGCCGACACCGACUUCGGCUUCUACAGCGGCAUGAUCGAGUCGCUCUUCUCGCUGACCCAGAUGGUGGUCAUGAUCCUGUGGGGCAAGGCCGCCGACCGCUUCGGCCGCAAGCCCGUGCUCGUCCUGUCGCUGGUCGGCGUCUCCCUCGCCACCGUCCUGUUCGGCAUGGCCAAGACCAUAUGGGAGAUGGUGCUCUACCGCAGUCUCGCCGGUGUCUUCGCUGGCACGGUCGUCACUAUCCGCACCAUGCUCGCCGAGCUCAGCACCUCCAAGACGCAGGCCCGCGCCUUCAGCUGGUUCGCCUUCGCCAGCAAUCUAGGCAUCUUGUUUGGGCAGCUCAUCGGCGGUGCGCUCGCUAGCCCGGCCCGGCUAUAUCCCGGCGUCUUCGGAAAUCUCCGUUUUUUUAUUGAUUAUCCUUACGCCCUGCCUAAUCUGGCCGUCGGUCUCAUCGGCCUCUCUGCCGUCGCCGUCACGGCUAUCUUCGUGGAGGAGACGCUGGUCAAGCGCCCAACCGGUGACGGCAGCCCAGAAGCCGCAGGCCCCGGACCACAAGAACUGUCCACCGUGGAGUUGGCCAAGUCGCCGGGUGUCCCGCUCGUCCUGUACACGUAUGGCCACAUCAUGCUCCUAGCCUUCUCCUACACUGCCAUCGUCCCCGUGUUCUGGUACACCAAAGUCCACCUCGGCGGCUUGGGCUUCACGCCGCUGCAGAUCUCGCUCAUGAUGGCUCUCACGGGAUUCUCGCAAUCAGUCUGGAUCCUCUUCGUCUUCCCACCGCUGCACCACCGCAUCGGCACCAACGGCGUACUCAAGGCGUGCGCGACCGCGUACCCCUUCUUCUUCGCCUUCUGUCCGUUGCUCAGCCUCCUCUUGCGCGCCGACACGCCGUCGACCACGAUGGUCUUCUGGAUCGCCGCGCCCAUCCUGCUGUCUCUCGGGUGCGGCGUCGCGAUAUCGUUCACGGCCAUCCAGCUGGCGCUCAACAACGUCUCGCCCAGCCCGGCCACGCUGGGCUCGCUGAAUGGGCUCGCUCUAGCCAUCACCAGCGGCGUGAGGUCGUUCUCGCCCGCGCUGUUUUCCAGCCUGUUUGCGCUCGGCGCGCGCAGCCAGCUGCUGGGGGGUUAUGCCAUCUGGGUGUUGAUGGUGCUGCUUGCGCUCGGCUUUACGGUUGUUAGCCGGUACAUGCCGGACUAUGAUGAGAUGAAGCGACGUAGGGAGAGGGCCGAGGCUGCGGCGAGAUAGAGAUUGGUUAUGGACGGCCUGGUAAAGGGGUUGAAUAGAUGGCCGCAUUUUUCUCUUCUCUCUCCCUCUUUCUUUCCUUCUUUUUACGUAUGUAUUUAGGUACUUUUUAACCCUGAUGCUGGGUAGGCGCAAUUGAGAAUAUAGAAUAAGUUCUGAUAGCUAUUCAAACCCGGUUGAGACAACAGGGCAAGAGUUGACAAGUCAUUUACUUAGUGGCGUCGUUGGUAAGGCGGGACCGGUGAGGCUGGGAACGAGCAAUGGCAGCACAUCAACUGAGCUGUCACUGCCUUGAGGUACCUACCUAAGGUACG